UGCCAAAGAGGACUUCUCUACUAUUUUUGGGUUUACCAGCAAGAAGGAAGCGCUGAGCCAAGAUGUGUCUGAGUCUGAAGAGGAAGAUUGCAUUAUCAAGAAAGAACCGUCGCAUGACUUUAGGCGAGCUAAGACAGAACCAGCAACUGACAUCAGCGAUGAAGAAUCCCUCCCUCUUUUCAAGAGGAUCUGGAAGAGAGAAGCUUUGAGCCUAGACAUGUCCGAACCCGAAGAAGAAAAUCGGGACAUCAAGCCAGACCCAGAUUCCUACUCGGAUCAUUCGUCCCCGCUCUCCUAUCACGGCUCUGGCGAGAGCUCCGGUGACGACUCCAACAACAGCUGUAAUGUCAAAUCGUCACCCCCGCCCUCCCACCAGCCUCCGACUUCGAGCGCAAGUUUCGGAAGCCCCUUUGGUUACAUGAGUCGUUCCGAAUCUCGCGCUGAUUCUCAUUUUGAGCUCUCGGACGACCUUGGCACCGAAGAGAAUUGCUCAAUGCCAUCGCCCAAAAUCCUGCCAAGCAGCCGAAGCAUGUCGACAGGUGGCUUGAAGAGUAUCUUGAAAGCCCCAAAGACAUGGCCCUGUCAGCCUCGAAAGUGGAAAGACGGCCGAGGCAACCCGUUUUCAUCAAUCAAUGUCUCGCCCUUGGCUGAACAUGCUGUGUCUUCGCCCAGCGAGAGAAUACAGCACACGAAGAAGCAAGCCAAGUCAGUCAGAGCUUCAGCUUCCAAGAAGGUGGCCCUAGUGCCUGGGAAGAAGUUCACUACUGCCCUGAAACGUCUUGCUUCAAACGUGAAGAAGAGCAAGCCCAAAGUGAUGGGAACCUUUGACGCAUUCUGGAGCCCUCGUCGCAAGCUCAGUGCCAAGAAGAUACAUUCUACUCCUGCGAACAGAGGAUGGAUCUACAAGAAGAACAAUUUGACACCCUUGAAAUCAGUCACACACGACACAAAUUCCGACGAGGCAGAUGAAACGGAUGGAGAGACCAGCAGUAUGGACAUGGACACCCCUUCGAAGAUCAGGAUCAAAGUCGACCCCACGGUUCCAGAUCCAAAGGAGCAGACGAAACCCACAAAGGUUACUAAGAGCCUUAAUAGUCCCGGAGAACAACACAACAGGAUUGUAGACAACAAAUCUGGUUUCGAUGUCCGGGAGUUCAAGCCGGCCGUGAUUCGAGAUGGAGUCUCGGAGCAUGCGAUCAAGCCUACAAUUGCUCGGCUUGAGAAGAAGAUAGCCUCUGGGGAAGUCUUUGCCAACCAAGGCCAGGACAGUGCGUCGCGAUACAAAUGGACGACGGAUUAGAAACUCCCGGUUGCCCGUUCAGAUGUGACCUCACGAGCGAUGGAAGCAGAACUCUUGCACC